AGAAUUUCUACACUACUUCGCAUCAGAAGACUUCUGUCAUUCAUGAAUCGUGUUUCAAGCAUUAUAUUCAGCUGAAGGAUUUUUUUUCUUCUGUUCCGUUUGGUUACGCUCACAACUGUAAUCGUAAUCGUUUGUUUUGCCUUUUUUUCCUCCUGACAUACAUUUCAAGGACACAGCUACAUACAAUAUAUAUAUAUAUACAACAAUUUUUUAAGACGCUGAAGUGAAGUUUGAAGGAGAUUCGGCUGUUUGUUCUAGCUGCUCGAACGACUACGUAGAAACCCCAUCAUUGGCUCACACAUCGUAUUAUAAAGUUCUUGUAAAGGAGUUAAAAGAUGGAGUCAUCUACAGAUUCGGUACAGAACGGCACCAUGAAUAUAAUUCAAAACAUCACUAUUGAAGAACUCAACAGACAACAAGUUUUAGUAAGAAUCCCAUCGACCAUUCUAGUUAUAUUAACAAUGAUCUUUGGUUUCAUUGGUAACUCUUUAACUGUUUACGUUUACGGAUUUCGCUUGAAAUUAUCGCCAACUUAUUUGUUUGUCGUCAUGCUGGCUUGUGCUGAUUUGAUAAUGUGUGCCAUCAUAACUCCAGGUCGCAUUGUCCAAAAUGUUUACCCCAUGAUGACAACCUGGGACGCAAUGUGCAAGAACCAUAUGUGUUUAUCUGUAUUUACAGGACUUUGUAACUGUGGUUUUCUUGUGGCUAUUGCUGUAGAUAGAUACAGAAAAGUAUGCCAACCACUGAAGCCUCAGAUAACAAUGAAAGCUGCUAAAAUCAUCACAGCCUGUAUUUUUAUUUUCUGUGCAACACAGGGAAGUGUUGCUCUUCUUUACUACGGAAGUAUAAAAAAACCGACGAAAUAUCCAGGAAUCUAUAGCUAUUCGUGCUCAUCCAAAAAUUCAAAGAAACCAAAUUAUUACCAGCUGGGAUUCUUCGCUUUCUAUUUGCUUGUGACCUUUUUCACUAUUUUUCUUUUGAUAACAUUUUAUACCAUUGUUUUACGUCGGAUGCGAAGCGUCAUCAAGACAAGCCAACCAGUUUUGACAUCGGUAACUAAUGCUGUUAGUUUUAAAUCCAAAGACGAUAAGCGAAAAAGUGAAGCCAUAGUGAACAUUGAAAACCCUGCCGACAGUUCUACUUCCAAUCAAGAAAUUGACUUUGUGAACAUAUCAACCACAGAGAAUGUAUCCAACACUACUUCCUCGUCAUCUGGCGUAUACUCCGUCGAGAAUGCUGCAGCUCAAUCGAUAAAACCAGUAGAGAAAAACCCAAUACAAAAAAUGCAAUCAAAUAAAACUUUACCAAGGGAGUCAAAUAGUGUUAGACGUGCAAGAGAACAAGCUACCCGAGUUCAACGAACCACUGUAACAAUGAUGAUGAUCACAUUCAUCUUUAUAGUCACCUACAUACCUAGUGUGGCCGCGAUGAUGGUGAACGCAGUUUUGAAAUCUGAAAGCUCAAUGUCGGUAGCCACAGCUAUUUUCUAUUGGCUCGCACGACAUAGUUUUUACGUCAACUCAAGUAUAAACCCUAUAAUUUACGGCUGCAGGAAUCAGAAUUUUGUAGACGAGGUAAAAAAAUUAUUUGGAAUCAAACGGAAAUAAAAGAAAUGAACCGAACUUGUAUUAAGUACUGCAAAAUACGGAUCAAAAUGAAACCUAACAAUAAUUUAUAAAUUUUAUGGAUAAAAUUAUUGCAUAAAUGUAUAUAUAUACGAAUAGUGAUAUUGUUCACAUUAAGUUGCGACUGUUUCCAUAAAAUAAUUAUUUAUUUA